UGACGUAACGAAGUUGCCUUAAUUAAAAGGAGUAACACGGUUAAUGUCAUAGUUCAAUUGGAUAAAUGAAUACUUUAUUUCAUGUUAUUUAUAAUCGUUAAAUAUGGCAUGAUUUAAUACAGUUUGUUUUACAUCUUGGGCCGAUAUGCGUAUGUGUUUCUUGUGCCUAGGAACUAAUGUUUGUUCAUGUGCUGGUACUGCGUGUUUUGCUGUUACACUGUACAACUCCAUGUGGGUUGACGUCUUUUUGAAGCUCUGCUGAGGUCUGUGAUAAAGUUUAGUGUGACGGGAGGUCUGUGACGAAGUUAUGCAGAAAAGGAACUAAAUUAAUCUCCUUUCACGACAAGCGGCCAACGAGUUCUCACGGCGUAACGGAAGAGGGAAGACUACAGGAUGAAAACUCCCAAGAAAUAAACGCCCGUUUUAAAGAACCGACCUGUGUCUGUGUCGUGAAAAGAGCUACAGUGAGAACUCGCCUGCUCAGCGCGGGUGGGAAAGACAACGAGACUGGAGCGAGAGACGACGCUGCGUUCAAGGACCAUCCAGCACAUCAGAGAAGCAACGCCAGCGGUGCACUGUCGGCAUGACGACCGCAAGCUACGGUGAUUAGACUGUGUCAAAGUCGCAACAUUUCAGGAUAAAGCCAGGAAGUGCUCUACCACAUCCUUCAAGUUAAAGGUGGUGUGAGACGUGGUUAAUCUGGAAAUUGCAAAUAAGGACUCAGGUCUAUCAUCUAUGCUAAGCCUAUGCUGGUGAUGAAGCUAAUGUGUUGGUGUUCAUGAAUGGUACAUGUCAAAGGGUUUAAAGACGAAAAUUAAUCAUAUAAGAAAGUAAAGAAAUUAUAAGUUAAUAUUAAAGAAAGAAGAUAUUAUUUAUAAGUUCAAGUUAAAAAAGAAGAACGUUUUCACAUUUUAUGAAAGGUAUUACACUUAAAGGACAAUAUACUUGAGCUUUAAAGGGUCAUUCCACUGACAAAAACAUUUUCUUUGUAAAGUAUAAGUGAUGUAAUGCCUUUCUAAGCAUAUUUCACUACAUUUAAGGUUUAUUAGUAACAAGCUAAAUCUUAUUCUUGUUGUUGUUAUUUUGUUGUAAAGCUGAGGUCAAGUUAAACUUGUUAAUGAGUGCAUACAUUUGAUAACCUCACUGAUUACUUAUGUAUACAUUCAGAGAUCCAAUUCAAGCUUAGUAGUUACACAUGCUCUAUUACAGUCGGUUAUAAGUUAUUAAGUAAUCUCAAAAUGUCAGAAGCAGGGACUGAGACCUGCCACAAAAAUGCCAAAUCAUCUGCUCAACUUGAAACAACAGAAACAGAGUUGGCAGAAGAAGUGGAAGAGCUACGAAGAAGUGAAAGAAAUCGAACACUAACAGAAAAAGGAAAAGAACUCCAAGCUGAAAAGUUGAAAAGUGUACAACGUCACUACAGAAUCGUCUAUGAGAAAUGGAGGUACCAUGUGAGAAUAGGCAAAGAAAUAUUGAAUGAUGACGCCUCCAAGGAUGAAUUGAGAGAGCUUAUUGCAAAUAUAAAAAGCUCUUGCUCAGAUGUAAAAGCCUUGUAUGAAGAGUUACGUCUCAUACAUACUCCUGAACCGAACCUGCGACGCAGAGUUGAUACAUGCAUAUCACUCUCAGGAUUCAUUAUUCGAAAGGCAGAGAGACAGCUUGAAGAGAAUACAGCAGACUUAAAGGAAGAAUCUUGGCCCGAUGUUGGAUCUGUUCUAAACUCAACUGACUCUUCAUUAUCUCCACUGUCUUGUCGAUCAAAGUGUAGCUCCGCUCAUUCUAGUCUUCUCAAAAGAUUUGAAGCUGCAGCUGAAGCCGCUGCAUCUCAGGAAGUCCUAGCAGUUUUAGGUGAACAAGAAAAGGAAGCAACAGAACUUCAAAGGCUGGAGACUGAAGAUAAAAAACAGAUGGCACAAUUUGAGUUAGAAAGGCAAGCCAGACUUCAGGCAAUGCAAGAAAAGCGCAGAAAGCUUGAACGCCUAGAAGAGGUUAAAAAGCUGAAAGCCGCAAGAGCUCGAGUCAAGGUGUACAAUCGAAUGGAAGAAAAUUAUGAAGCACUGUAUGAUGUUGAACCAGCUAGAGAAACCCAAGCUCUGUACUCCACAACUCCACCAUUCGUUUAUCAGUCUCAGCCAGUAACAGCACAAGUCAUCAAUGCUUCAAGUCCUCUGUUCAUACCUCAACCUCUACAACCUGCAAUACGCAAUGGUGAUGUCAUCAAACGCGAGCUGGAGAUUGAAAACCUGCAAGAAUAUUACUGGACUGACUCAAAGGUAGUCCUUGGUUACUUGAACAACGAUGCCAAGAGGUUCCACACGUUUGUUGCCAACCGUAUCCAGCGCAUAAGAUCUAGCACCAACCCUGAACAAUGGCGACAUGUCAGCUCUGAAAAUAACCCAGCCGACUACGCCUCAAGGGGGCUGAGCGCAGUUCAGCUCAAAGAGUCUAACUGGCUAAAAGGACCUGACUUUCUUUUCCAGCUGAACCUUCCAUGUGAAGAGAAGGUGAGAGCAGUGGAAACAGACGAUCCUGAACUUCGCAAAGUUCAUGUUCACACAGUCAAAACUAAGGAAGAAAAUUCACUGUUGAACCGCUUCUCUAAGUUUUCUGACUGGUCCAGGACAGUGAGAGCUGUCGCAAGACUCAAGAGAUUUGUCAGAGAAUCCAGGAGACUUCAGCCAAGAACUAAUGAAGCAACUAACCUUGCAGAAAGAAGAGAAGCAGAAAUCUUUAUUAUCAAGCUGGUGCAAGAAGAGGCCUUCACCGAAGAAAUUAAAACAGUUCAGCUUCAAAAGGGAAGCACCUUGAACAAGCACAACAAGCUACACCUGUUGAAUGCCUUCCUGGACAAGAACAAUGUUCUUAGGGUUUCAACCUGCUCGCACACCCGGGCCACAGCUCAGCUCAACAGUAUCAAACAAACAAACCCCAACACAAACAAGCGGGCUGCACAGGAGAUGGGAAAGGAAAUCAAAGACAGUAGGAUGUUUAAAGACUUCCCAGCUGAACUCAUUAAAGAUCUGGCCACUGAGGCUCUGACAGAAAACUCUCACAAGUGGAGUUUGGCAGUGUUGACUCAUAACUCAAAUGAGGAGCUGAACAUGUUUUACAAAGUUCUAUCCACAAAUACGGAUGGAAAAGUGGAGUUUGUAUCAACUGUAGAAGCAUACGAUUACCCAAUUUAUGGGACACAGUGGCAUCCAGAGAAAAAUGAAUUUGAAUGACAAGGCCUUAUAUUCCACACUCCAUCAGCAAUCAAGACCACCUUCUACCUGGCACAAUUCUUUGUCAGUGAAGCCAGGAAGAACUUUCACAAAUUUGAAUCUGAGGACGAAGAGAGCAAAGCAUUGAUACACAACUACAAUCCUGUUUUCACUGGGCCCAAAAGUGGCUUCGAGCAAAUCUAUUUUUUCUGA